GGGAACUGGAGAUCCUAUUCCUCCCCACAAUCUCCCAUAGUCCCACAUUCCCACCUUUCUUCGCAAUCUCAGAAAACCCGGCCUCUCUCUCUCGGAAUAAAGAAAAUGGCAGCAAAGUUGAUCCUUUCUGUUCUUCUUUGCCUGUUGGCCAUCUUGGCCGUUGAUUAUGCCCAAGGUGUGUCCUCAGCCCACGCCCCAGCACCGUCCGUGGACUGUUCGAGCCUGAUCCUGAAUAUGGCUGACUGCCUGUCCUUUGUCACCAACGGCAGCACCAUCACCAAGCCAGAGGGCGGUUGUUGCGUUGGCCUCAAGACUGUGCUCAAGGCUGAUGCCGCAUGCCUCUGUGAGGCCUUCAAGAGCAGUGCUUCUCUCGGUGUCGUCUUGAAUGACACCAAGGCUAACUCCCUCCCCGCCGCUUGCAAAGUCACUGUUCCCGCCGCCGCUAACUGCGCAUUGUCUUUGACUCCUGGUGCUGCUCCUGGUAUGUUUUGAUCCUCAUCUUGAUUCGCGCUAUGUUUCUUAUAUAUAAAGAGAGAGAGAGAGAGAGAGAGGGUUCUGCGAGA